CGCGACUUCGACCCGUCCACCGCUUCCCUAGAAAGACAUCAGCACAUCCAUCCCUCAACAUUGAUGCUCGUAUCCGAGACGAGAGUCACUUUCCUCACCAGAGGUCAUCGUUUGCGAUCUCCAACGGCGUCGCAACUCUAAACCCGACCUCAGCCAUACACCUCACCUCACCUCACUUCUCCUUCCCCCGACUCGCCGGUCUGUCAUGACGUUGCUGGUCGUCAAGCAACGCCGACGAUUUCCAAAUGCGUCGUUUACCGUUGUGGUCUCUCUCCUGCUAUGCGUCGUGUCCAGCAUACUUGGCUGUGCCGCCAUCGUAGCCAGCUCUACCUCAGAGCAUGACGCGUCGAGCAGCACUACAAGCUACAACUUGAUCGACGUCUUGGCAGACUCCACCGAGCACACGCUGCUACUGCGCAUGUUGCAGCGGACCAGGCUCCUUCCUACGCUCAACCGCUUGAUGGAGUUCGACGAUGGCCGAGGGCUGACGAUCUUCGCACCGACUGACGAGGCUAUCGAACGCAAGCGGGAUGCUGAGCAAGCCAAACGAUUGGCAUUCGCGCACAGUCUCGAUUUCCAAGCGACAGAGCAGAUGUACGAGGACGAGGAUGGCAUAGAGCUGCUCAGUCCUGCUUGGGCAUAUCCACGCUCUGCAAAGAGUGUUUGGGAGUGGGCUGUUGAUAUGGCGACGCACGACUCGGAGCAAGAGGGGCUCUCACCACCGCACCCAGCCAUGAGCGGAGCCGAGCUGCAUUUACCCGUCACUGGCUCUUCGGGCACAGGCCAAGCAUGGUUGAGGGUCGACAACAUCGAAGCUGCCCUGCGUGCUCAGCUUCUCUACCACAUGAUCAACUAUACAUUGCCUCUCGAUGUGUCCGAGGGGAUUGUAGUGGCACGGGAUGCUGCCACAUUCGAGGACACCAAGGGUGCAGCACAAAUGCUAGAGACACUUCAUCGCCCCUCAAGCACCACAGUACACACUCGACCUGGUACAGUGCCGCACCCACCUUCCAGCCCCGGCUCAGAGGACAACGGUUGGCUGCUGGGCGGCGAGGGACAGCGGUUGAGGAUGGCUAAGCGGGCCGAAAAGGGAGAGCAGGACUCAUUGUGGGUCGGCACGGACGUUAAUGGAAAGGAGGGCGGUGCGAGAGUGGUCAACACAAAUCGCAAUAGCACCGCGGGUGUCAUAUUCUCCAUUGAUGGUGUCCUGGAGCUUCCGCCAGAUUUCGAGACGCUACUGUCCGCGCAUCCUGCGCUCCAGCACCUCACAAAUCUCAGCAGUGCUGCGCUGCUCAGCACUCUUUCCGAAGCACCUCACACCACCUUUUUCUUACCCAAUGCUGCAGCUUUCGACAAGCUCUCGGAGCUGGAGCGCACCUUUCUGACUGGCGCUACUGAUCUUGCAGCGCAGGACCGGGUCAAGCUGAUCGGCUGGCACAUGAGCGGCAUAGGUGUGGGCGAAGGUCGGAUUGGGUAUGCUGAACGACUUAGGGAGUCCGGGACGAACAUCACAACCAUCCUAGGCGGGCAAGUUCCCGUCAGUACGGCAAGCAAUGGAACCGUCACGGUCGGAAAUGCAAGACUAGUCGAAGAAGAUAUCCUGAUCGAGAAUGGUGUCGUGCACAUCGUGGAUGAUCUUCUGCUGCCAGGAGGAACAUUUGGCAUGAAUAUCGAGCGCACACUGCUGGCUCUCAACUGCACUCGCUUUGUCAGCCUCGUCCACAAUGCAGGUCUGUCGGCAUACAUCGACAAUGACAUUCGCGAUCCAGAUGGAGAGGGCACGAAUGCCACCUGGACAUUCAUGGCUCCUCGCGACGAUGUGCUGGAUGAGUGGAUCGAGCGCGGUGCCCCUACCGACGGCAGCAGUGGCGUGGUGGACGCUGAGUACGCUGAGCAGCGGUGGGGAGUGCCCAGCCAGUCAGCUACAUUGCGUCUCGACAAAGACCAUGCACUACAAGCCGGGAUCAACGGGACGAAGCUGGAAGAAUUGCUGCGAUACCAUAUCGCCCCUGGACGACUGACCCCGAAAUCUUUGCAAGACGGAAUGCUCAUCGGAACCGAGCUUCGGGAUUGGAAGCUCAAGUUCGGAAGACAACGCGUCGCUGUCGAAGUAGCCGAAGAUCCGCGCCAAGAGAAGGAUCGUCAAGGCAACGGUGAUGUGGCUUUUGGGGACGCGAAUGUCAUUGCGAAGCCGGUCGAGGUAGGAGGCAGCAUCAUCUACCUCAUUUCGCAGCUGCUCCAAGUUCCGCUCAAUCCGAUCCAAACGGCCGUCUCAUCCUUGACUCUGUCGACGUUCGUCGCAACCGUAUUCAGCGCCGAGUUGGACAAGCCCAUCAAGAGAGCUCCAGGAAUCACUUAUUUUGUGCCUCACAACGACGCCUUUUCUGCCCUCGGCUUGGCCAUGAACUACCUCUUGCUUCCGCGUGAGGGACCUCGCGCAGAAUUGCGCUCGGUGGUCGAAUAUCACGCUGUAGACCGAGUCGUCUACGUGCAGGAUUUUGUGAAAGGGGCAAAAAAGUAUCCCACGCUUGAAGGUAGCCCUAUCUGGGCCGGACAGUCGGAGAAUGGCACUAUCGAGGUUCGACGAGGGACGGAAGGGCGCGAUGCGAGGGUGCUGCAGGGUGAUCUUCUCACUAGCACUGGCGUCUUGCACGAGAUCGACCAAGUCGAGCUACCUCCCACGCUAGACCUGACAAUUCGCAAGCUGAUGACAGGUGCUAAGGCGCAGACGAUGAUGAGCCUCAUUGAAGAAGCUGGCUACGGUUGGAUACUCAACGGCACAGCCCCGAAAAGCCCUGAAGCAGCUGCAGAGCUCGAACGCAACUCUGCUGCUGUGCAAGGAAACAAGGGCAAGAAAGGAGAACGCAAGCGUCAUCGCAAGAGACACAACCUCUUCGCUGAUGGUGGUCAAUCUUAUGUGGUGCUUGUCCCGACCGAUGCGGCAUUUGCCAGAGUCAAUUUGACCUACUACUUGGAAGACCGCGAAGCCUUGAGGGAGCUUGUGCAACUGCACAUCAUCCCCUCUCCCGCGGACGUCAUCUUGCCAGGAGGAACAUCAGACCGACUACCCAUCGCGCUAAGCAACGACUUUGGCUUUACGUCUUUGCUCGAUCGAAGUCUGGGUGGAGCUAGCAGGUACGGCAAGCUAGGCUUCAGAAAGGAAAAGCACGCAGAGAAGAAUGAUGAUGGAGGUGCUCCGGAUCUGAACAAGGGCCUAGGCUGGGUCGUGGGUGUGCAAGGCUCGCGUGGCAACGACCAUAGACAGCAUUCUGCCAAUGUCCUCAGCUUUGGCAGAGAGUCCUUGUCAUCCACCAGAGCGGAUGCUGAUUUGGCUCAAGCAAAAGAUAGGCUCAAGGGCUUGUUGCGCAAGAGAAGAGGACGAAGCCGACUGCCUACGCCCAUCGAGGGACAGGAGGAAUGGAAUUCUCGCAGCAUUGGCGGAGUCCUGACUCUCGACGCUGUACUGCAACCUUACGAGCCUGGGUGGUUUUAUAGUUGGGGCUGGAUCGUGCUGACCGUCAUCAUGGUGGGCUUUGUUCUGACUGGGAUGGGAUUCGGAUUGUGGAGAUGGUGGCAUCGCGACGGUCGCAUUCGCUUACCCGACGCCCUUGAGGGCGAAGAAGACUGAUUCGGCAGGAAGCAAGCCGCAUGGCCUCCGUUUUGUAAAGGGUCUGUUUCGUUUUCAACUUUCACUACCUAAUGUACAGUAUUCGAAUUCUCCCGCUAUUUCAACAUCACAUCAAAUGUAAUUGACUCCACAUCUCAUCAGCGAAUCAGGC